GGUGGUCCAUUAAUUCUGUUGUGACAUGUGAGUUUGUGAUCAGAUCACCACCACCAUAUCUUAAAUUUCAACUGUGCGUGCUUUGAAGAGAGAAAACAUUGAAUUGGAAAACCAAUUAAAGGAACAGUAUCAAGCACUUUUUUGAAUACCAUGCAGUUUAUUUGGACCCCAUAUGUCUACAUUUUCAGCAUCAUAUACAAGUUCAGAAUUUAGAACAGCACACAACAGAGAAGAAGAAGAUGGUGAGGACUCCUUGUUGUGAGAAGAUGGGAUUGAAGAAGGGGCCUUGGACACAAGAAGAAGAUCAGAUUUUGAUUUCUCAUAUUCAACAACAUGGCCAUGGAAACUGGCGUGCACUUCCAAAACAAGCUGGUUUGUUAAGGUGUGGUAAGAGUUGUAGGCUUCGUUGGAUAAAUUACUUAAGACCGGAUAUUAAAAGAGGGAAAUUCAGCAAUGAAGAAGUAGAGACAAUCCUUAAACUGCAUGGAAUUCUUGGAAACAGAUGGUCUACUAUUGCUGCAAGAUUGCCUGGAAGAACUGAUAAUGAAAUAAAGAAUUUUUGGCACACUCAUUUGAAGAGGAAUGAGAGAAGUACUACUAUCAAUAAUACCUCCACUUAUCCCUUGCAAGAGGCAGAAGCAGAUUCUGGUUCAGGGGCUUUAUUAGAUAUGCCACAGGAAGCUACUUCUAGUUCUAGUGUUACUGGGACAUUGUUGAUUGCAAAUGAUGGUUCAUCUUCAUGGAGAAACUCACCUGCUAAAGGUCUAGGAUUUCAUGGUAAUGGUACAGUCUCUUCUGAUAUUUCAGGAAAAACAAUGGGCAGUAAUGCUCAUAGUGAGAUUGGUGAAGAAAUGGAAUUUUGGUGUAAUCUAUUCACCAGCAGUCAUCACGACAAGGGCAUGGAAAUAUAAUACUGAUUCCAUGAUAUAUAGUUAAGAUUAAUUACA